GGUUGCUACAGCAACGGCAGACAACAGAGAGGACGAUGGUUUACAUUACAGAGGACAUGGUCCGCCGACGGGCCGAGCACAACGAGUGUGAGAUCUUCUCCCUGGAGGAAGUGUCUCUGCAUCAGCAGGACAUCGAGAGGAUCGAACACAUCGACAGGUGGUGCAGGGACCUGAGGAUCCUCUACCUGCAGAACAACCUCAUCCCCAGGAUAGAGAAUGUUGGACGCCUGAAGAAGCUGGAGUAUUUGAAUCUGGCCUUGAACAACAUUGAAGUCAUUGAAAACCUUGAAGGCUGCGAGAGCCUCCAGAAACUGGAUCUGACUGUGAACUUUGUGGGUCGUCUGAGCAGCGUGGAGUCUCUGAAACACAACAUCCACCUCAGAGAGCUGUUUCUGGUGGGGAACCCCUGCACUGAGUUCGAGGGCUACAGGCAGUAUGUGGUGGCGUCUCUGCCUCAACUCAAGUGGCUGGACGGGACGGAGAUCAGCCGGUCGGAGAGGAUUCAAGCCUCUCAGGGACUGGAGGAGGUGAAGAGACGAGUCUGGGAGCAGGAGAAGGAGUACCUGAAGAGGAGAGCCAGGGACAAAGAGGAGGCGCUGAGGAAGGACACAGGAGAAGAGAAAGGAGACAAGGAGAGGAAACUAGGCUUUGACGGUCGCUGGUACACAGACAUCAACACAGUUCCAGUGUUGGAGGAGAAUAAGGAGAACCAGGAGGUGGAGGAGAACACGAUGAGCCCUGUCUCAGAUGAAGAGCGGCGGGAGAGGGAGUUCUGGCACACGCCGUGUUCUUUCACCCCUGAAUCUCGUCUGGAGGCUCACCGCCACCUGGAAGAGACGAGGAAGGCAAAGGAGAAGUAA